GCAUGCUCCACAACGUAAAGCAUGCUGGGAACUUGCUGUCAUGGCUCCAUGACAACAUCAUCAUCACAUGAAUUCGCUCCUAUUUACGACUACUUCAUUACUACUACAUUUGAAUCGCGCUUGUAAGCCGGAGAAACAAGGAGAAGGGAAGAAAUCAUGGCCGUGCCAAACAAAUCACUCGAGUUGCAAAUGCAAAUGCGGCAGAAUGCGGAGGACCUGCAAAGCUUCAUGAAGGAUCUGGCGACCUGGGAGACUGAUAUGAAGACCAAAGAUGAGCAAUUGAGGAGAGGCGAGCAGGGGAUCCCCAAGCCAAACCUCCCUCCUGUGCGCAACAAGGACUACAAAGCAAAAACGAGGGCGAAGAAGAAAAUGAAAAUGGCCAACGGUGACUGCAAAGCGGAGGAGACGGACACCAAAAAGCCUCCGAGGAUCAGAUCAAAUGAUUAUCAAUCGUGGGACAAGUUUGAUGUGGCCAAGGCUUUGGAGGAGGUAGAUAAGGAGGAGAGCCCCACCGAGUCAGACUCGGAGGAAGCUGAUCAGGAGCGAGCUUUUGCAGAGAAGGAAAAGGGCAACGCAUUUUUCAAAGAGGGCAAAUACGACGAUGCCAUCGAGUGUUACUCCAGAGGAAUGGCUGCGGAUCCUUACAAUCCCGUUCUUCCCACGAACCGAGCCACCGCAUUCUACCGCCUCAAGAAGUAUGCUGUGGCCGAGUCAGACUGCAACCUGGCCCUCGCCUUGGACGGCAACUACUUUAAAGCGUAUGCGCGGCGAGGAGCGGUCCGCGUUGCACUGAAGAACUACGAGGCCGCUUUAGAAGAUUACCAAACCGUUCUCAAACUUGACCCGGGCAACCUGGAAGCACAAAAUGAAGAGAAAAAAAUCAAACAGAUGCUUGGACCUCAGGAGCCAAGUGAGGGAACGUCGGCUGAGGCCAAUCCCGCCGUAGACCAGGAGCAGCAAAGACGGCAGGAAGCGGUUGUGCAAAAAGACAGAGGUAACGCUUACUUCAAAGAGGGCAAGUACGACGCGGCCGUGGAGUGCUACAGCCGAGGGAUGGAAGCGGACUGCAUGAACUUGCUGCUGCCUGCCAACAGAGCCAUGGCAUUCCUUAAAUUGGAGCGGUUCGAGGAGGCGGAAGAAGACUGCACCAAGGCCAUUUCAUUAGACGGCACGUACUCGAAGGCGUUCGCGCGGCGAGCCACCGCCCGAGUGGCUUUGGGGAAGCUGGAGGAAGCCAGGAAAGAUUUUCAGGAGGUUUUGAAGCUGGAACCAGGGAACAAGCAAGCCCAGAGUGAACUUCAGAAACUCCAAUUUCACGACGUUUCCACUGGCCUGCUUCAAACGUCCGAAGGCUCCCGGAGGAGAACGGUGCAGCCCGUGGACAAAGCGGAUCACCUGCGCUCCACUAAACCAAUGAGGAGGAUUGACAUCGAGGAGAUCAGCGGGAAGGUGACGGUACCUGAUGUGGCGAGGGACCACCAGGGCCAGUCGCCCUCCGCCAAGAAGAUCAACAUCCAGGAUAUGACGGCCUCCCCCUCGCUGUCCGAACCAGCUUCGACAAGCACACAAGCCAAACCCAAGCAUCCAGAAGAAAGCGUUCUUCCCCUUGAAUCAUCACACAAAGCCCCCUCGAUAAAGCUCCCACCCCCACCCGGUAAAAGUUUCCAGCUCGAAGCCGACCUACGCACGAUUGGAAACCAGCCGGAAGUGGUUUACAGAUACUUAAAGCAAAUUAAACCAGAGGCGUACGCGCGCAUUUUCCAGAGCUCCCUCGAACCUCACAUCCUCACUCAGAUCGUGCAGACGCUGAGGGAUUUUUUCAUCCAGAACGAAUCUGCGGACGUCACAUGGGAAAUCCUCAAAAGUCUCUCGAGCGUGAGGCGCUUCGACACGGCCGUCAUGUUCAUGUCUUCGUCGGAGAAAAAAGUGCUGAAAGAAGUGUUCGACUUCCUCCAUCUAGCCAAUGUGGACGCGUCAUCUGUCACAGCCCUACAGACGAAAUAUGGCGUGUGACCUGUUCAAUGGAAUACAGUUCAAAGUCAUGCUUGAAUAAAAAAAAAAAAAAAAUCCUAAUUUUGAA